AUGUCUUCCCCAAACCACACUACAGUGACGGAAUUCAUUCUCUUGGGACUCACAGAUGACCCAGUGCUAGAGAAGAUCCUGUUUGGGGUGUUUCUGGUGAUCUACCUAAUCACAGUGGCAGGGAAUCUGCGCAUGAUUGUGUUGAUCAGGACCAAUUCCCACCUCCAAGCGCCCAUGUACUUCUUCCUGAACCACCUCUCCUUUGUAGACAUUUGCUAUUCCUCCACUAUCACUCCCAAUAUGCUGUACAAUUUCCUCUCAGGCCAAAAGACCAUCUCCUAUACUGGAUGCUUCACACAGUGUCUUCUCUUCAUUGCCCUGGUGAUCACUGAGUUUUAUAUCCUUGCUUCAGUGGCACUGGAUCGCUAUGUAGCCAUCUGUAGCCCUUUACAUUACAGUACCAGAAUGUCCAAGAACAUUUGCUUCUCUCUAGUCACGGUCUCUUAUGCUUGUGGUUACCUUAACGGACUCUCCCAGACACUGCUGACUUUUCACUUGUCCUUCUGCGGCUCCCUUGAAAUCAAUCAUUUCUACUGUGCAGAUCCUCCUCUUAUACUGUUGGCCUGCUCUGACAUCUAUGUCAAGAAGAUGGCGAUGCUGGUAGUUGCUGGUUUGACUCUGUCAAGCUCUCUCUUCAUCAUUGUGCUAUCCUACCUUUUCAUUAUUGCAGCCAUCUUGAGGAUCCGUUCUGCUGAAGGCAGGCGCAAAGCCUUUUCUACUUGUGGUUCCCACUUGACAAUAGUCAUCCUAUUUUAUGGAACCCUCUUUUGCAUGUAUUUAAGGAGUCCAUCUGAGAAGUCUGUAGAGGAGUCCAAAAUAUUUGCAGUCUUUUAUACCUUUUUGAGUCCAAUGUUGAACCCGUUGAUUUAUAGUCUAAGAAACAAGGAUGUGAUCCAUGCUAUGCAGCAAAUGAUUAAGGGAAAUCUCUUUCAUAAAAUUGAAAUUUGGAUCUCUGUUCAUUUGAAAUGA